AUGCCGAUAGAAAUUCACACGUCGGAAGACUUUCAUGCCGCGAUUGCUGGGAAACAAGUGACAGUUGUUCAAUUUUCUGCUCCGUGGUGUGGUGGAUGCAAAAUGGUGGCUCCAAAAGUGACGAAUUUGAUGGAAUCUGACUUUCCUCACGUCAAGUUUCUCAAGGUGAGCGCAGAAGAGUUGGAGGAUUUCUGUGAAGAGCUUGAUGUGGACAGUUUUCCAACGUUUCGCGUGUACAAGAAUGGUGAAGUGGUGGCGUCAUAUGUGAGCUCCAAGUUUGAAAAGGUCGAGCAGUUUAUCCGCGAGAAUGCCGAGUAA